CAUCUAUGUUACAUUCAACCAUACCGGGGGAAAGGUAAUUCACGUUUUCUAAUUAUUUUUUUCGACUGCGAAACCACACAAGAUACUAUUUACGGUGCAUCUCCAGAUACACAUUUACAUAUUGUAAAUUUAAUAACUGCCCAUCAAGUGUGUUUUUCAUGUUAUAAUGACUCUGACAUAUCAAAUGAUUGUGUCAAUUGUGGUAAAAGAGAGCAUAUCUUCCAAUAUAAUGAAGACAUCGAUGUUGUGAAGCAAUUUAUCGAUUACGUGUUUAUGACGCGAUCUUAUGUGACAAACAUUAUUUGCGUUGCGCAUAAUUUUCAAGGCUUCGAUGGACACUUUCUAAUAUCAGAACUUUUGAAUAGAAAAUUCGCCAUUAAUCCUGUAAUGAAUGGCACUAAAAUAAUGAAACUAACUUGUAAAAAUGUUAGUUUUAUUGAUUCUUUAAAUUUUCUGCCAUUUCCUUUAUCCAAAUUUUCUGAUGUGUUUGGGUUUGAAAAUCAUAAUAAGGGUUACUACCCAUACUUUUUCAAUACAAAGGAAAAUUUUAAUUAUAUUGGGAAAUACCCGACACCAAAAAUGUAUGGUUACAAUUCAAUGAAGCAAAAAGAGAGACAGAAAUUCUUAGAAUGGUAUAGUUCAAAUUGUACAAAAAUGUUUGAUAAUAAAAAUGAAAUGUUAAAGUACUGUAUCAAUGAUGUCACUAUUUUACGUUUCGGAUGCUUAUCCUUUAUGAAAGAAUUUCUGGAAAUAACUGCGGUUAACCCUUUCACAGAAUCCUUAACAAUAGCAUCUGCCUGCAUGCUGGUAUUUCGAAAAAAUUUCUUAAAAGCUCAAACCUUGGCUAUCAUGCCAAAAAAUAAAUAUUUGAAAGGAAAACAAUUUUCAUUUGCUUCACUCAAAUGGCUACAUUUCAAAGGCAUGAAUACUACAGUUGGAAUUUUAUCCGCACUAAAUACAGGUGAAGUGAAAUUAGAGAAAGGCGGACUCUUCGUCGAUGGGUUUGACCCAAAAACAAACACUGUUUACGAAUUUUUUGGUUGUUUUUACCAUGGAUGCCCAGACUGUUUCAAAUUCAAUUCGUCAGAUAUUAUUAAGGGUAGUAAGUGUGACACGUUAAGUCAGAGGCACGAAAGCACCAUGAAAAAAAUGUCCGCUAUUAGGAAGAAUGGUUAUAAUUUGGAAUACAUUUGGGAAUGCGAUUUUAAAGACUUUUUAAAAAGGAACCCCGCGGUAGACAAACAAAUAACCGAAGAUCUCGCAUAUUUUACUUUACCUUUGACCCCCCGCGACGCCGUUUAUGGGGGAAGAACAGAAGUAUUUAGGACUUAUGCAAAAAUUAAUGCUCAAAAUGAAAUAAUUCGUUAUUUAGAUUUUACAAGUCUGUAUCCAUACAUUAAUAAAUACGCACCAUACCCCAUUGGGCAUCCAACAAUAUUCAGAAACCAAACUCCACCAGUUUCUGAAAUUUUAGAAAUGCAUGGAUUUACUUCUUGCUCUAUUCUCCCUCCUGAUAAUCUCUUCUUACCCGUUUUACCUUACAAAUAA